CAAAUGGCCGUUUGACCCGACCCGGACCACCGCGGACAUUCAAUAUCCCAUCUCAAUUGAUUUUAACGUUGUUCAUAUCCGAAACCCUGCUGCGUAACCACAAAACAGAACCCCCUAUUCGUCCGAUUCAUCAGUUUGUUGACACUUUGAUCAUUCAAUCUAUGCAAUCAAAAUUGAAACUGUUAGAUACAACUUAUGGUGUUCUUGUCUUGGACUCGCCCCUCUCCCAAAGAGCAGAAAGAUUGCAUUAACAAGUCAGGUACCUUUAACUAUGAUGUUAAGUACAGAGGAGCUACUGCAAAGCCAUUGUCAUUGCUUAAAGAAGAUAAAGAGCUUUCAAAAGAUGGAUUUGUAAUAAAUUAUUCAAAAAUCAUGGUGGGAUCAGGCUCUGAUACAUAUGAAAAGGGGAAAACUGCUCUCAAAACUUGGAGGCAUUUUGGAUUGAGUUGGGCGUUUGUUGAUCCAAAGACACCGAUUGAAAACGGGAUGAAGUUUUGUGUUUGUGUGAAGGAGUUCUUUCCGUGGCUCAGGAUGCCUUUGCAGGUUGUUUAUGUUAACGAAACCAAAAGCCGAAAAACGAAUGUUGCGUCUUUUGGUUUUGGUGGCGGCACUCUCAGCGGACACUUGUUGUCAGGAGAAGAGCGGUUUGCAAUUGAGAUGGACGGAGACAAGCGAGUUUGGUACGAAAUACUUUCCUUCUCAAAACCAGCACAUGCUCUAUCGGUUAUAGGAUAUCCAUAUGUAUUCUUUCGGCAAAAGUACUUUGCUCAUCAAUCUAGCGAAGCAGUUAAAAAGUUUGUGUCCUCUAAUUAACGUUCGUUAUGUAUUGUUGUUACCUUUAUUGAUAAAAGAUUUGUAAAUGGUGACAGCCGAGAUCUGGUGUAGUUUAUUUGGGAAUGAUAGAUACAUUUGGUACA